AUGUCAGAGAACGUAGGACAAAAAAACAGGUUGGUCUUUCGAAUCAAUGAUCAUGGUCAGGGCCCAGAACUCCUACGACAGGUGUUCUUGGAAAGAGGCUGGAUUGAGUUUGAUGAGGAUGAUCAGGAGGAACACGAGUGGAACCUAUGGUGGCGCACGUCACGUUUCCGCAAUUGCGAUUAUGAUCAAAUCAAUCCAUGGCAACGUCUGAAUCACUAUCCAAAGUCAACCGGUAUUACAAAAAAAGAUUGCCUGGCAAGAAAUCUGAAACGAAUGAAAGGUGUACAUGGGGCAGGAGUCUAUAAUUUCAGUCCAAUUGCCUUCAAUCUUCCAAACGACUAUACCAGAUUUGUAGCAGAGUAUAGCAGGUUAAAGCAACAGCACUCUGAAUCUAAGCAUAUACUUUGGAUUUGUAAACCGGCAGACUUGUCCCGUGGGAGAGGAAUAUUCCUGUUUCGUGACAUUUCUGAACUACAGUAUGACUGCAAUGCUGUAGUCCAGCAAUACAUCUCUAACCCUUUCUUGAUUGGAGGAUACAAGUUUGAUAUCCGUGUUUAUGUAGCAGUGCCAUCCUUUCAUCCCUUAAAUAUUUACAUCUUUGAGGAAGGUCUUGUGAGAUUUGGGACUGAAAAGUUUGAUCUGAAUGCCUUACAUAAUGUUUUUGCUCAUCUUACCAACACUUCUAUAAAUAAACACAGUCCUGGGUAUGCUUUGGACAAGGAACGUGUUGGUCCAGGUUGCAAGUGGACAAUCACACAGUUAAGACAGUACUUUCACCAACAUAAUGUCAACGACAGUACUUUAUGGACUCGAAUAAGUAACAUUAUUAUUCUGACUCUUCUUGUUCAGGCUCCACAAGUGCCCAAGUGUGACAACUGCUUUGAACUUUAUGGAUUUGACAUUCUAAUUGAUGAAAACUUAAAGCCAUGGUUAUUAGAGGUCAACUUCAGCCCAGCCCUAAGCUUUGAUUGCCAAGCUGAUCUCUUAGUGAAGAAACCUUUGCUUCAUGACCUGUUGAAGUUAUUGGAUUUCAAAGAGAAAGAUAUGGAAAGAGGUGGAGAUGCUUAUAAAAAGCUUUUCCGUCGGGGUCGCACUAUAGAGCCAUAUGAUCGACACUCAUCUAUGAGCCGUGCCAGUCAGAGAGGAAGUACUCUUAAGAAGACAACAUCCUUCCACAAAAACAUGUCAUCAUUAAACAAACAGCAGACAGCUGUACAAGAAAGUGCAUAUUUCAUCAAUGAAGUGCCUGAAUCCAAACGAGAUGAAAACAUGUGUUUUGGUUUACCACUUGCCACACCUGGAGAUGAAGGACGACCAAGCAGUGCAAGUUCCGGAAUCUCUAGUGUAGACAGUGACAAACUUGAGAUCUUGGAAGAAGGAAGUCUGAUGGAAAGGCAGAGGACAAUGGGUUUAAUGUCAGAGCGAUCUGCCACUGCAUGUAGCCGAAGGUUGUUUAGUAGAGAUGGUGGGACAAAACCUGAGGAGUAUCAGGAAUUCAAUAAUAAUAAUGUGAAAGGAAGUUCAGCCCGUUCUGCAAUCAUACCCGUACACACAAUGAUGGAGAGGUCUGCCACUAUGUCAUCUGUGGUGCGAAGAGCAGACUAUCAACAGGGAUCGCAAACUCUUACAGAAAAAGGAUCAACUAAGAGUUCCUAUACCUCUGACAGUGGUGUUUCAAGUUACUCCAGUUCUAGUCAUGAAAAUUCAGACUUGAUCACAAAGCCAGAGAGUCGUAGGAAUAACAAGUUGUUGCCUCAGAGGUUGCAGACAAACAACUUACUACAUCAACAGGUGGAUCAAGAACAGGUAACUCAAAGAGGGGAAGGAAGUCCAUUGUUUGAUCAGAGGAAUAACGUUUACAACAUUAAAUCUCUGCAGCCAAAUGAAACUUCAAGUACACUUAGGAAGAUUGCAGCAUCUGGGAUGACAAACUCACAACAGCAGUAUCGUAAUGGUGGAAUACGUAAUGGAGCUAGAGACAUUAAUCUCCGCAGGAACUCCAUGUAUCAAACUCGUUCAGCCAUCCGGUAUCCAACACCCCGUUCAAGUCGAGAGUCACCUGCUCACAGAUACAGCAAUGCUCAAGACAACAAUAAUGCUGUUAUAGGUUCAAGGACACAACUGUAUGUAUCUACUUCUCCCGUACCUCGGCGUUUAACCCGAAAUGCAGAGCGACAAAUUGCUCCUCCUUUACGAAAGAGCCAAAAUUCACAGCUUGGAAUGAGUACUAAUAGGCAUCGUGUGAACUCCAAUGGGCCUAAAACAAAAGGUCCAUGUUCUAGAGUAGGGGACAUGUUUUUGGUGUUUCCUUUCAGUGAUGUCACACUUCGGACAGCUAACAGUACGUUAGACCCACAUGUUGUGAUUAAGGAAACUCAAAGACUUCUCAGAGAAUCAAUACAUUCUGUAGAUAAAGGUUCACAAGGACAGAAGUUGAGUGGACAUUUGCCCUAUGGACAGCCAUUGGAUGCUGACAGACUAUGGGGACCGAUCAAACAGUUACCAGAAGAGACUGCUUGA